ACGUAUCUAUCUUCCACUUAUUAUCUUUCUCGUCGCUGUUUUUGAUUGAAUACUUUUACAGCAGUUGUUUUAUAGAGAUUGUGUGCGCGGCGUGUUGAGGACUUUUAGUUUGCUUUUUAUUGCAACCGGAACCUGCGAUCCGGGACUCUUUGCAUCUUCACUUCGCAACAGCGGCGGCGCUCGGUUAGCCGUUAGCCGUUAGCCGUUAGCCUAAUGUGGGGUAAAUAAACGCGUUUCGUGUAAAUUCGGACAUCGUGCGAUGAAGAUCGGCGUUUAAUGAGAGGAGCUGUUAUAUCCCGCCGGCUUUCUGGUGAAGCGGCUGCGCGGGACGCGCUGGGCGGUGUUGCGGGGUCGUUUGUUUAGCGUCGCCCUCCCGUCGUGGGUUGUUUUCCUGCUGGUGGGUCUCCCAGGUGAUGUGAAGACGCAGUAGCCCUGCUUUGUUUCGGUGAGCGCCGUGUUUUCGUCCCGAUGAGCUGAAAACUGGCCGCUUCGGGGCGCCUCGGUGAAACACACGCAGAUGUCGGAUAACCUGCUCAGAAGCUGUGACACAUCACGGUUGGACCAUGGGUGAGAAGAAACAGGAGCCGUUGGAUUUGGUGAAGGACUUCCAGGAAUACCUCAAUCAGCAAACGCAACAUAUUAACAUGAUCUCGCGCUCUGUGGACGAGGAGAAAGAGCCUCAGGAUCUCCAAGCAGCAAUGUGUGAAGAUGAGCAGACUGGACUGGAGCAAGCCUCCAUCAAGGUGUCUCUGGACAACGCGGCUUUGGCGGACAGUUUCCAAAGGACAGAUGAUGGGAAAUUGAAGUGUCGUUACUGUAAUUACGGCAGCAGAGGCAUCCAGAGACUCAUCGAACACAUACGCAUCCACACAGGUGAGAAACCCCACCGCUGCCGUCUGUGCCCGUUCGCCUCUGCUUAUGAGCGCCACCUGGAGUCACACAUGCGCUCUCACACAGGCGAGAAGCCCUACAAGUGUGAUCUGUGCUCCUUCCGCUGCAGUGACCGCAGCAACCUGUCGCACCAUCGGCGCCGGAGGCACAAGGUCUUCUCCACCAAGUUGGUGCACCACUCCUCGCUGGCCAAAAAGAAGAUGCUAAAAAAUUCCAGCUCUAUUGCUUACGGCCAUCAGCACCUUGUUAGCCUGAGCCCUCCAUCCAUGGUGAUGCAGAACACUAUGAAUGGUUUCCCUCUGCAUACAGACGCAUACGAAAACCUGGCAGCGCUCCACAUCGUUGGAGUAUCUACAGACUCAUGCACGUUAGCCAACCUGUCCUCUGAGGAGCAGGAUGCGGAUUCCUCUUGUAGAGACGAGAAGCCAAUACUUAUCCCCCCUGUCUCAGGCCUUCCGUCUGUGAGCACAGCUCAGCCUCCUUCAGCCUCCACUCCGGACCUCCACUCCCACGGUACGAAGAGCGUGAGCUACACCCAGCCCAGCCUGCCUGCUCCCGCAUCCACGGCCGCGUGUGCUGAGAACUCCACGAAGCCCCCAGAGAUGCUGUACACCUGCUUACACUGCCAAAUGUACUUCGCAGACAACAUCCUCUACACCAUCCACAUGGGCUGCCACGGCUAUGAGAAGCCGUUUCAGUGCAACGUCUGUGGGUACAAGUGCACGGAUAAGUACGACUUUGCGUGCCAUUUCACGAAAGGGCACCAUCAGUAGUGACUAAAUGGGGACAUAAUGUGUCAUAAACUGAUUUUGUAUUUUCAUAAGCUUUUGAGAAGCGGGACACCACACUCGAGUAAGAACAGGCACCUCACAAUCAAGUCUAGUGGUGAAAUCUUUGUGGAAUUCGGUGGAACUUUAACUCAAUAAGAAGAAAAGAAAGACGUGCAGGUUGUUUUGAAGAAAAAUGGCAUGUUCUGCAGGAAUUUUCCGUAAGAUUUUUCUACUAUUUCUGUGAUUAGACCCACAACUUCCCCGUGUCUAUAGCGUAAACAUUUCUUUAUUUUACCUGUGUAUUGUGAGGUUUUUAGGCGUAGCUUUGGUGGCGCUAAAAUGGUGGAGAAUUUGGAAAAAUCUGUUUUCUCUGGGUGCUGGUUGCCCGUCCAGUUGGCUGCAUGCAGCUCUCCACUCUGCGUAUGUUUUCCUGCUGCUGUGAUUGAAAUGAGUAGCUAUCUUAUAUUUGCUGACAUUAAAAUAAUCUCUUUUGUGGUGAAGCACGGAUCAAAAGCAGUAAAAUUCAAACCCCCCGGGUCAAAUAUGUUUUGGUGAUUUUCCGAAUGAAGAAUAAUUAGCCAGAACUUUUUUAUAGAGACUACAUUUUAAUUGGUUUUCUGGUAUGAAAUUGUCCAUUAGAAUGCACUUGAACCUUUGUAUAUGACUGUAGGUCACAAUGUAACUGGAAAACGAAUAGAGAUGACAUCAUACCACUUUUCCAUUCUCAUACUAAUACUAAUAUAAAAUUACACGAUCGUCUAAAAGUAGGCUGUCGUGUUGAAACUACAUUUACGGCAUUUGGCUGACGCUCUUAUCCAGAGCGACUUACAAUUUGAUUGAUUGCUGUAUACAGGAAGGCGAAGGUAGUGUUGGGAGUCUUGCCCAAGGACUCUUAUUGGUAUAGUGUAAGGGGCUUACUCAGGCUAGGGAUUGAACCCCAGUCUACAGCGUAGAAGGCAGAGGUGUUACCCACUACACUACACCAAAACUACUCGAACACUAUUGGCUCCACAGCUAACAUCACCUCACACAGUGUGAGUGGGGGCUUUUUCAGGACCGAUUCGUUACAGAUCCAGCAUUUCUGACCUGCAGUCAGCGCAAAACUCACCAAUACCAACGUGACAUCUCUAGACAGAGACCUCAUAACAAAUGAUCCGAUAACUAACUGAUAACUUGGUUGCAGUGAGUGCAUUUACAUGCAUUUAAUAAGCCAAUAACUGCAGAAAUUCAGAUCCGAUCAACAUAUUUACAUGCACUUGAGUAAUCGGAUAAUAGGGAAACUCCGGGUCUACGUGAUUCAGACGGUAAUCAGAUUUGUGCUUUGCAACCAGCCAGCAAACUUGCAGAAGACGACGUGAUAUAGCCGUAAUGUAAAACUCAAACUUCAUGUCGCCUUUUUUUGUUUGUUUAUUUAUUUACUUAUUUGAACACCACACCACUUUACCUGAAAAUAUGAAUACACACAUCAUCUAGAAGGCGGAGAAUAUUUAAACCACUUGCUUUCAUCAAGCAUGUAUUUCUGUUUUCACACAUGCGCAUAGAAAUCCGAAAGAAAUCAGAGUAAGAGUUCACAUGCACUGACAAAUCGGAUUACUGAGCUAAAAUCCAGCCUCCGGAUUUCUUAAUGGGAUUUCUAGACCUUACUCCGAUCUAAGAAUCGGAGUGUGCUGUUUACACGACCCUUUGAAUAAUCAGAUAACUGUAGAAAUCUGAUAAUGAUCAGAUUAUUGAUUUCAUGUAAACUCACUCAUUAACACCAUUAACUGCUGUGAACUCUUAACCUGGACGGAGAAAUAACUGUGGCCCUAGUUUGGACCUCAGCAGGCCAGACAGGACAGGGCAAGGAAAAGUAGCACAAAAAAAGAGAACAGAUUUUUUACCACCAUUAUAGCAGUCAGUACUUUUGCUUUCUCCCAUGAACACUGAAUACCUGAGUACAGGUGUGCUUGGACCUGAAAUAGAGCAAAAACGUGGACAGUUUGGCAGUCCUCCAGGACCAGGUUGAGGAGCACUGGACUAGAGAUCAGGGGCCAGAUUCUCAAAAGCUUUCCUAAGAAAAACCAAACUAUGAUCUUAAAACAGCCAAUGAAACGUUUUCAUAUGUAGGCUACAGAUUACAGUAAAUAAUACCUCAUUUACAUUAACCUGUUAUUCACCUCAGCAUCUGGGGAUUAAAAUCAAGCCAAACAUUAAAAAAUGUAGCAAACAGAAACUAGACAUGAUGACAGGAAAACUCCUCCCUGGUUUAUUUUAAGAGUGAUGAGUUGUGAGAGUCAUUAGAAUUUACAGUUUGAGAGAUUAGACCUGUCUGCUCUUACAGUUUAAAAGAAGUGAGACUGUUUUAAGGUUAAGAUGUUGAAGAACCCAUUUUCUUUUUGUCUAGAACACCACUUCUAUUGUUCUUAAGAUGAAAGUCAAGAAAAUUCCUUGGAAAGUUUUUCUGAAGAAUAUUUUAUCUCAACUUUUUUUCUUCUUAGUAUAGUUUAGAAAAAGAGGCUUUUUAAACAAGAUUUUCUUUCUUUUGUGAAUCCAGUCCCGGGUACAGCACUUAUUGCUGUUUAUUCAAGAACAGAAUGGCAGUCCAUUCCUGACCGGUACAGGUGAAGAAACUCAACUGUGUUUUUUUUUUUUUUAUUUUAUUUUUUAAAUAUUUACAUACCUCAAUAGUGGCAUUUCCCAAAAUACAGACUUGGUAUAUCAAAAUAAUGACUUAUUUCUCCAAAAUACAGACUUGGUAUAUCAAAAUAAUGACUUAUUUCUCCAAAAUACAGACUUGGUAUAUCAAAAUAAUGACUUAUUUCUCCAAAAUACAGACUUGGUAUAUCAAAAUAAUGACUUAUUUCCCCAAAAUACAGACUUGGUAUAUCAAAAUAAUGACUUAUUUCUCCAAAAUACAGAUUUGGUAUAUCAAAAUAAUGACUUAUUUCUCCAAAAUACAGACUUGGUACAUCAAAAUAGUAACUUAUUUCUCCAAAAUACAGACUUGGUACAUCAAAAUAAUGACUUAUUUCUCCAAAAUACAGAUUUGGUAUAUCAAAAUAAUGACUUAUUUCUCCAAAAUACAGACUUGGUACAUCAAAAUAGUAACUUAUUUCUCCAAAAUACAGACUUGGUACAUCAAAAUAAUGACUGAACAUCUCAAAAUGACAUUCUCUAAAUAUUAACUUUGUAUCUUAGAAAAAAUCUUCUCAAGAUUUUGAGUUAAGACUAAAUUCCGGCACAUUGUCAAAAUAACGAGUUCAAUAACAUGAUUGUUUUUGGGAUAUGAAGUCAGUAGUUUGACAUAUUAAAUCAAACUUUCCAGUAAGCGUUUGUCAUUACUUUUAAUUUUGAUAUACUAAGCCCUUAUUUUGACGAUCAGUAUUUCAAGAAAAAAGGUGGAUGUUUUGACAAAAGAUUUGGGAAGUAAGUAAUUAUUUUGAGAUUAUUUUAACAUUUUGAUGUAUAAUUACCAGAAACGGAUGCACUUGCAUUAAGAGAGGACGAAGCAAAUGUUAAAGUAAGUUAUGAGUUAUUUGGUGAGUCUCUCAAAUAUGACAAGCUGGUCCAGCAGUAACUCCACUCUCGUCUCUUUACAUGAAUGCCUGAGGGGCUGUCUCAAGUGUAUGUGCAUACAUGAAGGUCCUGUUACUGAGUACUGAGGAGAGUGCCGUGUGCUACCUGGAGAACUUUCAGUUUCAGAAUUUUUACCCUCUAGAGAUGCGGCCUGGGACAGACAGCCGUUUCCGUUGAUUGCAAAGGAGCUACAGCUGUGGCUAAAGCUUUUUAAAUGAGAUUGCCUUUUGUGCUGGAUUAUUUUUUGUUUUUUUCACUACUGUAUAGCAGAUUUGUAUGGUAGAUGCUUGUGAAUUACAUUGGUGUGUCCCAAAAGGCUACCUCGCCAGUUACAGGUCCAGCUGCUAACAGUCUGUGACACUAUGUAGCAGCUUUUACAUAGACCUGUUUUUUUCUUAAGAAUAAUAGAAAGGCGACCUGAAAUUUUGGACCUUUUUAAUAUUACUACUAUAAUAAACAUUGUCAUUUUUUUUAUCCCA